GCUAGGAGAAGACUGGGGGUGUCCGAGCCCUGCAGCGGGGCCACAUGAGUGGGUGCUGAAAAGGGCCGAGCGAGCAAGGGGUGCCAUCAUGGAGGUCCCCAGGGGUUGGCUGGCGGUCUGUGUGCUGGCCGUAUCCUUGGCCUCCACAGUGACCCAGGAAGUGUGCCGAGCACCAGAUGGGAAGGAUGGGGCCGCUGGAAAACCCGGCCGACCAGGGCGGCCAGGCCUCAAGGGGGAGCAAGGGGAACCAGGUGCUGCUGGCAUCCGGACAGGCAUCCGAGGCCUCAAAGGAGACCAGGGGGAACCUGGGGCCCCUGGAAGAGCUGGCAACGUGGGCUUCCCGGGGCCCAGCGGUCCCCCAGGGGUGUCUGGGCUCCCAGGAGUGAAGGGCACCAAGGGCAACGCGGGGAACAUCAAGGACCAGCCGCGGCCAGCCUUCUCGGCAGUGAGGAGGAACCCCCCAAUGGGUGGCAAUGUGGUCAUCUUUGACACAGUCAUCACCAACCAGGAAGGCCCGUACCAGAACCACUCGGGCAGGUUUGUUUGCGCCGUGCCCGGCUACUACUACUUUACCUUCCAGGUGGUGUCCAAGUGGGACAUCUGCCUGUCCAUCAUGUCCUCCACGAGGAGCCAGGUCCAACGCUCCCUGGGCUUCUGUGACACCAACAGCAAGGGGCUCUUCCAGGUGGUGUCGGGGGGUACGGUGCUCCAGCUCCAACACGGCGACCAGGUCUGGAUCGAGAAGGACCCCACCAAGGGCCGCAUUUACCAGGGCUCCGAGGCGGACAGCAUCUUCAGCGGCUUCCUCAUCUUCCCAUCCAUCUGAGUCAGGAAGGACCCCCCAACACACACCCUGGCCUCAUCCGCUUUAUGCUGUGUGACCCUGGGACACUCACUCCAUCUCUCUGAGCUCCUGUGCUCUGCUUUGUAAAACUGGGGUGCUGUUGCUUUUGCUGCCUGAAGGGUGGGGGACGGCUCAGAGGCCCGUAGGACUCGCUGCCCCACUGUGUACUCUAAGAUCAUUUCUUAGAACUCUUUCUGGAAUAAACACUCGAGUCUGUGUCUGCUGAGCUUGAGGUUCAGUUCCUACUCUGGACGUUGGGCAGGAGGCAUAAAAACCAGUUGUUGUUGAGUUGACUCUGUCUCAUGGCGACCCCAUGUGUGUCAGAGUAAAACUGGUUUCCAGUGACUGAUUUUUUUGGAAGUAGAUCGACAAGCCUUUCUUCUGAGGUGCAUUUGAGUGGACUCAAACUUCCAUCCUUUGGGUUAGCAGCGUGCUAACUAUUUGCACCACCCAGGGACUCCAGGAGGCAUUAGAAUAACAGUAAUUAUUAAAUGCUUAAAACG